AUGAACGCCUCUUACAUCUUCGCUGCCUUUGUUGGCAUUUUCGCAUACGCUGUGCAGUUUGCACACUGCAAGCGUGCCUGCGGUUUUGAAAAGAUUGAAAGGGGUUCCAAGAGUAUCCUCUUCGUCGGUCACCCUAUGAUUGAUAUUUACGCAAGGGCGGACUACUCCGUAGUUGAGCAGUUGAACGUUGCGAAAGGUGAACCGCGUCUUAUCACUCCUGAAACAUUCAGGCAGCUUGGUGAGAUGGUCAACGUUGAAGCCCGCAAUGCUGGUGGUUCGGCUUGCAACACUGCUCGCGCCUUCGGUUACCUCGGUGGAAAGGCCGCCUUUUUCGGUCUUGUUGGUGAAGAUGAGGAGGCUGAAAUAUUCAAAAAGUCCCUUACCGACAAUAAUGUUGAGGAUCUGACUCGUCGUAUUCCGGACACUUUCACUUCCCAAUUGUACUCUCUUGUGACGCCAGACAAGGAGCGCACCAUGUAUCUGAUGUUCGGCGCUUCUCACAAGCUGAAGUCCACUGACUUGGAUGAGAGCAUCAUGGAAAGGUUCGACUACUACGCCGUGAACGGUUUCAUGUUUGCUGACGAGGAGCAGGUUAAGUUCACUCACAAGAUGAUUGACGCUGCUCUUAACCGCGGUAAAGGUGUCAUCACGCUCUUUGCCAACAGCUUCUGCAUUCGCCGUAACGGCAAAUACUUGAAGCCCAUUGUUGAGGUGUCUGCUUACAUUUCUGGUAACCUUGAGGAAUAUUCCGAGUUGUACGAAAUGUCUGACCGUGAAGAAUUGUUCCGUAUGUUCGAAAAGCGCACCCAGGGUAUGUUCCCUCAGCACAAGUUGGUUAUCAUCACUAUGGGUGGUGAAGGUGCCAUGCUUAUCUACAAGGGCAAGCGCUACCACGUGCCUCCUUGCAACGUGGAGGUCGUUGACACCACUGGUGCUGGUGACUUCUUUGCUGCAUCGAUUCUCUACGCCGCUUUGAACGGUUUCUCGAUGAAGAAGGGUGGCAAGUUCGCGCAUGCUUUGGUUGGCGACAUCAUUUCGCGCAUGGGUAUUCAAAUCAGCGAAGGUGUCCGUGCCGAGAUCGAUGAGCUCAAGGACUGCCUUACUCUUUAA